AUGCCUUCCGCAUGCUCUCCCAACGAACCUAGCACAUUCUUUUCUCUUGCUCAGAGACUGAUACCUGAGGCGGAGACAGCCUCUCAUGACCGCUCUGCCUGGUCUGAAUCCGCUGGAAUAGAGUACAUAGAGCACCUUGCCCCUGAGGGUGAUAUUGGGCCAAUCAAAGUGGCUAUUCAGGGCAAAUAUUACGCUAUAUGCUGUUUCUCUGCCGCUAUGAAAUAUAUCGAUCGCCAAUUCAAUGUCAGCUUCUCGUCUCAGUCGCUGCGCAUCAGAUAUCAGCCUUCCGAGGACACCAUGAUGAUAGACAUACCCGCGAUGCAAUCACUGGAAGUAAUGAGAAACCUCAAAUCUGCCAAAUCGAAAGAAUGCCUGUUUGGAUUGUUGAAUCACACUCUGACGCCGAUGGGUUCUCGCGUGCUCCGCAACAAUAUGCUCCAGCCACCCACUGAUUUCGACGGAUUCAUCAAGACACGCUACGAUGCGCUUGAAGAAAUGGUCACCAACGAAGAAAUGUUUCAUGAAAUUCGCAAAGCCCUCAAACUUUUCCAUGAUGCUGAGAAAACUCUCACAAAGCUAGUUAUUAUUCGGAAUGUUACUGGAGUUUCUGCGGUUGAAGAACAACUCACCCAAAUACUCAUGAUCAAAUCAUUUCUGGAAUCGAUUCCCGACCUCUACAGAGCCCUUCACCCAGCAACAAGCGACUUGCUCGUCAAGAUACGGAAUCUGUGCCAACCCGAGACAACGGUUCCAAUUUUACUCAACAUCAAAAGGGUAAUUGAACCCGAUGUUACCUACAUGAAAUCCCCACUGGAUCUGCGAAACCAAAGGGCCUUUGCGGUCAAAUCCGGAAUUAGCGGCAUGUUGGACGUUUCUCGCCAAACAUACAGAGAGCUUACCGAUGCUAUUCACACAUACUCGGAUCACAUCAACGAAACAUAUCGUGUUGCGGCAUCGUUGAAAUUCGAUAAUCGCCGCAUGUACUGGUUCCGAAUCCCUACGGCGGACUUGAACAAGGAUACAAUACAACGAGACUUUAUAAAUGUAAUUCCAAAAGGGAAUCACAUGGAAUGUCAGACGCUUAAUCUCGUCAAGCUAAAUCAACGGCUCUUUGACACUUCGAACGAGAUAAUCAUGCGAAGCGACGUCGCCAUUCGUGACUUGGUAAAAGAACUUCGACGCCAAGUGUCACCCCUGUUCCGGAUAUGCGAAUCCAUUGCUCUUGUGGAUAUGAUAUCGUCCUUUGGUCAAAUCACCACCACGCGGGACUAUGUGCGGCCAAAUAUCGAGGACACGUUGGCUUUAAAAUCAGCAAGGCAUCCAAUCCUAGACAAGGUAAAAAUGGCAAGCGAGUACAUACCCAACGAUUAUUAUUCUGCAGAGCAGCAUCGUUUUCACUGUGUCACAGGAUGCAACAUGAGCGGUAAGAGUACAUACAUACGCUCGGUAGCGUUGCUUCAAAUCAUGGCUCAGAUUGGAUGUUUUGUCCCGGCAGAGUUCGCAUCCUUUCCAAUCAUACACAACAUCUUUGCCCGCAUAUCGACCCAAGAUAAUAUCGAGGCAAAUCUCUCGAGUUUUGGAGUAGAGAUGAGGGAAAUGGCUUUCAUCCUAAAGAAUAUAGACAACAAGAGCCUCGCAAUCAUUGAUGAGCUGGGCCGCGGAACUAGCACCAGAGAUGGCAUGGCGAUCGCAAUGGCGAUCUCCGAGGCUCUGCUUGACACUGGGGCCUCUAUCUGGUUUGCAACCCACUUUGUCGAGCUAGCUCGAGUGUUUGCAGACCGUCUUGGUGUCCUCAAUCUCCAUCUUGCAUCCAACACAUCGGUUGGGGAGGGAGGACUGCCGCAAUUGACAAUGCUGUACAAAGCUAAUGCGGGUACUGUUGAUGACGAAAACCAUUAUGGAAUUGCUUUGGCCCGCGCCAUUGGAAUGCCAGAGAGUUUUAUUAACUGCGCAGAGACUGUGGCAAAUGAUUUGAGAAAAAGGCGAGAGUCGAACCGACAGAGCUCUGAUGCAUAUAAAGAGAUACACCGACGUAGACUCGCUUUGAACCUUUAUGAAGCUAUCAACCAAGCCAAAAAGUCUCCAAACAAAGACACUAUCUCUGGCUACCUUACGCGUCUUCGAGAGCAGUAUAUUUUACGGUUGAAGGAGAUUGAAGAAAUGUAG